GGCCCCGCCACCGCUGACAGGCCACCAUGGGGGACUCGGGCAGCACGGGGGGCGCCGGGGGGGGUUUCGGGGUCGGGCUUCUGGAGCUGCGGGCGCUGAUGGAGCUUCGCGGCGCCGAGGCCUUGAUGAGGGUCCGAGAGGACUUCGGGGACGUCCAGGGGCUCUGCCGCCGCCUGCGCACCUCCCCCACCGAAGGGCUGUCGGAGGGUCCGUCGGAGCUGGAGCGGCGCCGCCGGGAGUUCGGCAAGAACUGGAUCCCCCCGAAGCGCCCCAAGAGCUUCCUGGCGCUGGUGUGGGAGGCCCUGCAGGACGUGACCCUCGUCAUCCUCGAGGCCGCCGCCCUCGUGUCCCUGGGACUGUCCUUCUAUGCCCCCCCCGGCGCCCACGAUGAAGCGUGCGGCCACGCGUCGGGCGGGGCGGAGGACGAGGGCGAGGCGGAGGCCGGGUGGAUCGAGGGCGCUGCCAUCCUGCUCUCGGUGGCCUGCGUGGUGCUGGUCACGGCCUCCAACGACUGGAGCAAGGAGAGGCAAUUCCGGGGGCUCCAGAGCCGCCUGGAGCAGGAGCAGCGCGUGGCCGUGCUCAGGAAGGGACGCCUGGCACAGCUGCCCACGGCAGAGCUGGUGGUGGGGGACAUCGUGCAGGUCAAGUAUGGUGACCUCCUGCCCGCCGACGGGGUCCUGAUCCAGGGCAACGACCUGAAGGUGGACGAGAGCGCCCUGACCGGGGAGUCCGACCACGUGCGAAAGGGCCCCGACCGGGACCCGCUGCUGCUCUCGGGCACCCACGUGAUGGAGGGCUCGGGCAGGAUGGUGGUGACGGCCGUGGGCGCCAACUCGCAGAGCGGCAUCAUCUUCACCCUGCUGGGGGCCGGGGGGGACGAGGACGAGGGGGACAAAAGGGACAGGAGAG